AUGGGGAAGAAAAAAGCUCUCUCUCUGCUGCCGAAAAUAUGAAAUAGUUCAAUGCCUUGGACGAGGUAUGAGAACGUUAGAUAUUUCACAAAAACUUAAGCGUGAUCAUUGCACUAUUAAGAGAUUUGUGGCUGAUUCAGAGCACAGACGGGUUUGUGCAGAUAAAGGCACAUUGAGGAAGAUUUCUGCCAGAUCCAUGCAUCGGAUCAAGAGAGCAGCUGCUAAAAAUACCAUUACAUAGCAGCAAACAGAUAUUUGAAACUGCUGCUGCCUCUGGAUGCAACCCUGGAUGGUCCAGAUGGAUAGAGUAGUGGAUGGUUGGUGGACGGCCACCCUGUUCCAACAAGGCUGCAACGUCAGCAAGGCAGUGGUGGAUUCAUGUUUUGG